UUUCUUUGCCUAAUCACUUUAUUUAUUGUGAAAGAAUUGAUAUUUAGAGUGUGUGCUUUCUGGUGUCUUUUCCUAGGUUAUGGAUCAUUGGGCAUGAUGACCAGUGUGCUUGUAUGUCCCGAUGGGCGUACAGUAGAAGCUGAGGCGGCCCACGGCACUGUGACAAGACACUAUCGUAUGCACCAGCAGGGCAAAGAGACGUCCACCAACCCCAUCGCCUCUAUCUUUGCGUGGACUCGAGGGCUGCUACACCGGGCGGAGCUGGAUAAGAACGCAGAGCUGCGGGUGUUUGCUGAGGCACUGGAGGUUGUUUGUGUCGAGACCAUUGAAGCUGGUUUUAUGACCAAAGACCUGGCCAUCUGCAUCAAGGGCAUGUCUGGUGUCACGCGUUCAGAUUACCUCAACACUUUUGAGUUCUUGGACAAACUGGCAGAGAAUCUGAAGAUAAAACUAUCAAGCCAACCCAAACUUUAAAGCUGUAGGGUUUUUGUGGGACACUCACACAAACACACUGACACAGAACCCUG